AUGGAAAUACCUGUAAAGAAAAAAAGUUACUCACAGAAGUAUAGAAAAGAGUGGGAAGACAAUCCAGACUUCAAAGACUGGUUCGCACCGGUUCAAGGAACUGAUUUAAAAAAUAUACAUAGAACUAAAUGUUCCGAAAUAAUUAAUGAAGUAUUGGGACCACACUUCAAAGAAUCGCUGAGGUUGGAUAUUGCUGACCAAAAAUAUAGCCUCAUUCUAGAUGAGUCAACUGACAUCAGUGUCUCGAAAAACUUAGGAAUAGCAUUCAGAUAUUUCAGUAAUUCACAAAAUAAAGUUCUGUCUACAUUUCUGGCAUUAACGCCUAUUCCACAAGCUGAUGCAAACGUGCUUGCUGAAGCAAUUAUUAUCACAUUGAACGAUAAUAAUUUAAAAAUUAAAAAUUCAGUUGGUAUAGGUACUGACAAUGCUUCGGUGAUGACUGGUGUGAAUAAUGGCUUGUAUCAAAUUUUGAAAACAAUGGGAUGAAUUGAAAUUACAUUUUUCGCUAUGCAAGGUAAAGGAAAAUUCUUACACAGCAGAACUCCUGCAUGCUAUGUUUGAAGAUGGUAGUAAUUUGCUAUAUAUGACAUAUAUUCAAAGCAUACUAGGAGAAGUUCUAACAGCUUUUAAAGUAUUUGAAAGUGAAAAUGCUGAUCCCACAAAAUUGAUGGAAACACUGACAUUUUCAUUGCGAUCAAUUUGUAACAGAGUCAUUUACCCUACCACAAAUAUAAAUGUACUUACUAUGACAGUUUAAGAUAUUCACUUAAAUCCCUAUGCUAUGCUUGGUUAUGCAUUUGAAAAUAGUGCUCGAAAACUUAAUUUGAAUGAAGAUGUCACUAAUAUAGUUAAACAAAAGUGCGUUGACUUUACAGUCAAGUUGAUGAGGGAAUUGCAAAGUAGGCUUCCUCCAAAUAUCGAAAUAUUGAUAAAAAUUAAUAAAUUAUCCGUCAACGAAGUUUUGAGAACGAAGAAUCAUAAUGAUGACAUUAUAAGUUUGGCAAAAGAGUUAGGGGUUGAUGAUGUACAAAAAUUGGAAAAAAUUGAUAUACAGUGAAACAAUAUAAAUUUUGUUAAGUGGCAAAACAUUAAUAGUACGCUAGAUUUUUGGGCUGAAGUAAACCAAUAUAAAGAUGCUGCCGACAAAAAACCAUUCCAAGAAUUAUGUGAUUUGGCAUUAACUGUAAUAUCGUUACCUCAUUCGAAUGCGGAAAUUGAAAGCUUCGAAACAGAACGUGUUUGAAGUCAUUAAACUCUAUUCUGAUGAUUAAAUACUCUUUAAGAAGAACCAAUAAAAGCUACUAUAAUUACGAAAUACGAAAUGUGCUAAAGAACAUUGGGACCAAUAAAUCAUAUUCGUUUGCCAAACGUACAUCGCAGCUUCAGCCAUCAACUGCGGGUAUUAAUUCCAAUUACAGAACGGAUACAUCAAGUAUUCCAGAUUAUCUGAUUAUUAGCGAUAGUUCUGAUAAUGAAUAAACAAACUUUUUCAUCUUUUUUUCUAUUAAGUUUUUGACUUUUAAAUUCUGAUAUAUAUAUUUUUUGCUAUAUUUCAUUAUAGUAUUGAUUUGUUGAUAUUUUAUUUGUUAAAUAAUUGUUUUUUCGUAAUUUUUAAUUGUUUUUAUACCGAUUACAAAUAGUAUUAUAAGUAAAACAAAUUAUUUUCUUUUAUACCAAAGACCAAAAAACUGUGCCCUCUUCUGCCGUGCGUAAAACGAUACAGAAUUAGAAGUACGUGACUAACUGUAUUGCGCUGUUUUAUCCGCACGCGCUCAGUCUUUUAGCGACUUCUAGCGACUUUUAAUCUUUGUCCAUAGCUAGCGACAUCUUGCGACUUCUCAAACGUACGCUAACGACUUUUUGACAUGUAGAGUUGGCAACGCUGCAGAUUAUAUAUUUUGCCAUUACAGUUUAGAUGUUGAUUGAGUGAAGUUACGUCGAGGUUUUGUUACUCCGUGCUUAUCCUCUCGCAUUUUAAAACUGUGAUAUUCGAGUGUUUUUCAUUAUGAAAAAUACGUGUUGUGUUCCUAAUUGUGGAAGCAAACGCAGUGGUGUCAAACUGCAUAAGUUUCCAAAAACUGAUAGUAGAAGAAAGUGGGUGCAAUGUAUAAACAGUGAAAAACUGAAGAAACAUAAAAGAAUAGGGAAAAUGCAAAAAAAAAUUAAAUGGCCUAAAAUAUUUUUUUCUCGAAUACUUAUUAUCGUCAUAUUAUAAUGAAAAGGUUUAUUUUUUAUUUACUUAUUAUUUAAACCCCUAAAAUAAUAAUCAAAAAGCGCAAAAUAAGUGAGCGAAAUUCAAACUUCCAUAACGCGCCACCAUUGGUCGAACGAAAUGUGACGUCAUCUGACACGACAUUGCAUUCAUCAGCGUCGAAACUCAUACGGUUUUAAAACAUAAGUUUUUGUGAAAAAAAUAAAUAAUUUAAACCUGUAAUCUUGUGCUGAUUGUAGUAAAGUUUAGUUUAGAUUUGUAGCGAAUCUAGGACGAUGACUGAAGCUGGUUUUGUCAAAGCACAAUCGGACAAUCUACCGAAAAUAGAUGCAUUUAUGAUGACAGCAUAUUUUGCAUCAAAUCCCGAUUUUACGAGCGCAGAGAUCAGAGGAGUGAAAGCUGCAAGGUAAUUAUUAUUGUUUUUCAUAUACUUAAGACCAUAAUAUAGAUUUUUAUCCAUAAAUGCACACAGCAGUUCACUUAUAAUACACCAAAACAUAACCUAUACAUAUCCAGUUGUCAUUACUCUGAAACUCUUAUUUUACGUCUAUAUAUACAUGUUUUAUAUUUGAAGUUCACCCAAGUAGUCCACCUUUGACUUUGUGUAUCUGACAUAAAUAUAUAAUGAUUUAAUGUUUAUAAAUUGAUAACCUAAUUUACGUGGGCUGUUUUCUUUGAGUGUUUAUAAGUACUUGUCUAUUUCAGAUCUAAACGAGAAUCUUACGGUGAUUCAGCAGUUGGAUACGGCCAAGUAAAACGAGAUGGAGACAUAUGUGUUGUUAAGGCUCGGAUUACACCUGAACAUAAUGUGCGACAAAAAUGUUAUGCUGUUAUUUGCACCUGCAAUGAAACAGAGGAAACUAUUAUCUCUGUUCAAUGUGAAGAUUGUGCUGCACAUUUAGGUAAUUAAGUUUUACUUGUUAAGCUUCAGUGACCUGCACUUAGGAACUUGAUAUUUUCUAUUAACAUUUAAGUCGAUUUAAUUCGUGUAGUAAUUGUUUUGUUUUUUUUAUUUCUCUUGUUUUAGGUGGAUGUAAGCAUGCUAUAGCUUUUUUAGCAUGGCUACAUCGGCGCAGUAAAGAUCCAUCAACAACAAGCAUCGAGUGUUAUUGGAAAAAGUCGAAAUUAUCAUCAAUUGGUACUAGCCAGAAGUUUAUUAAAGCC